GGUGCCAUUCAAGUUUGUUCACUCGAGCAGUGCAGAAGUCAGCCAGUCGUGCGAGCCGCCCAACCCCUAUUCACUUCCGGCGCAGUGUGCAGUCUCUGUCUCUGGUGUGUGUCUGUGUGUUUUGUGUCGCGAUACAAAUCAGCGGGCGCCACGAUCAAGAUCAACAGCAUAAAAGCCAUAAAGCAUAAAGCUCGCGCCCUCGUGAUCCUCGCUCCCUCUAGCGGCCAACAACAGAGAGCAAAAUGUCGCACUCGGUCGUGAUAACGCGAACCACCACCACCACCACCAGCACCUCCCAUGUGGUGCUCAACACCGGUUACCUACGCACAACGCCCGGUCUGCUGAAGCUGGCCCAACUGAUCAUCGGUGCGGUGAAUGUUGGGCUGGUGGCUUACUACAUCCGGCGCUACCCGGUCUCGAGCCUGCCGACGAGCCCCGAGUUCUUCUUUCUGCUGAUGGCGGUUGCCUUCCUGAUCGGUACGUUCUGUCUGCUCGCCUCCUGUCUCGUCUCGCUCAGCACCGGUGGCAUCAUCUCGAAGACGAUCUACGAGCUGAUCUACCACACGAUCGCUUUCCUGCUCUACCUCAUCGCCUCCAUCAUCCUGCUGGUGGACGUCUCCAACGGCCGGUACUGGACCACGCUCAAGGACGCCUACAUGGCCGCCUCGAUUCUCGGUCUCAUCGUGUCCUCGCUCUACCUCUUCAGUGCGCUCCUGGCGCAGCGAUCCUACCGUGGCAUCUAAAGCGAUCCUAACGUGGCUGAUGAUGCUCGUCCACGAUGUCUUAUCUCGAGGCUCGAAUUUCUAUGUGCCCGACGCGCGUACUACCGAACGCGUGUUUUUGUGUAUUCGUUUUACGUUUUCCAGAAUUUACUUAAUUAUUAUCCAUUCAUUGUAUUUAGUGUGCGAGUGUGUGUAUGUGUGUGUGCGUGUGUGUGUAUGUAGAACCGAUGGUUCCGUUUUACCCCUACCCUACUAACGUCACUAGACCGUGGCCGUAUUGUUAAGCGAUAGAGAGACAGAGAGAAAGAGAGAGAGAGAGAGAGAGAGAGAGAGAGAGAGAGAGAUCUUCCAAACAAACACGAAUGUCUAUUUUUGGAACACAUAAAUCGAACCUCCAUGGCCCUAUACGUGGGUCUACACUGAGUCCAAUAUAUUCUCAUACAACUUCAAUCGCUUUUAUUUUGUUGGCGGUACAGCCUUUUUUCAGAGCGUUUUUUUUAUUACUAAUCUUGUAGUUAUCGGAAUAUGCUGUUGAAUUACAUGGCUCCCAACUUUACGGGGAGUUUACGAACUUUAAACAAAAGGCUCAUACACUACUGUGUCGCAAAAGUAAAAUGAAUUUCGAUUUUUUUUUAUUUCCUGUUUUAUUCCUAAAAACAAAUCUCGACCCCUUAAAAGUAAUCCCUCCUCGAUGUAAUGCACAUGAGCCACCGGAUUUUCCAGCUUUGGAAAUACUUGAAAAAUUCGACUUUAUGGAUGGCCUUCAGCUCCUUCUUCGCAGCGGCUACAAGUGACCGCACUAGCAAAUACCCUGCAAAAACCAUUACACUAGCUGCAUUGCUUUACUCUAGAACAAAUAACUUUCCAUCUGAGAACACAAAGUUCUCGUCCAGCGCGCCGCGAUAGAAGAAGAGGCACACAGACACGUAAUUAGCAAACUACCGUUACUAAAAGCUAAAUAUUAAGUAAACACUACAAAUUGGCAGGAACUUGGAACCAUACUUGAUACUUGAACUAGUUGCUGUAAGAAUACCAAAAUCGUCCAGCAGAAAAUUGUAUGAGAAUAUAUUGGACACGGUGCAUAAGGGUAGCGUUUGCUACCGCAGGUGCCUUCGGUGGAGAUCGAAUGAGCCCACCAUACCCAUCCCGCCAAGAGACAAUCCUUCACCUUUCUUCCAUCACCUUCCCGAAUCAUCGGUCAUCUGUCCCCAGCAAGCGUGCUAAAAGCAAAAGUACUACAUUCGCUACCAGCCCUCGAACGGCCUAUACAUACCGCAAUAUUGUUGAUGCAUUUUAUUUUUAAAGAAUAAUGGACUGCCUGUACGCACGCGUCUGCCAUACCGUCCAAUAUUCUUCCGCUGAGGACGACAUAAAAAUAGGAAUCUUAAAAAAAAGGUACAAUUUGGUCUAAGCAAUCUUUGCUAACUAGAAAAAAACGAUCACAUUCUAGAAUUCAGUCCAGAGCACUUAUUGUUCCUCCGUGUCGUUUUAUAAACAAUCGGUUGAAAUUUCACAACACACAAUGAAAAUGGGAUGGCACUGCUAGGCUGCCUGCCGAGUAGAACCCGAGCCGACUGCCAGUAUAUCAAGCCAUUGUAUUGAUUAGUGUUUCAAUGUAGCGUGUAAUGUUGGGCGUUUGCUUUAUCGCUAGCAUCGGUUGUGCUGCGGUUUUAUUUUUCUUAAAUUUUUGUUGCUAAUCUACAGCAAUACCGUGUAAGUGGUUCUUCGGCUUCUACUUCUGAACAACUUGCGAGUUAAUAAAGUGAAGAAUUUUGAUUCCGA